CCUUUGCCAACCAGAGCCACCCCUCUGGCUCCGCCCCUGCUUUUUAUCUUGCAAGGACAAUGUCGCUGCUGACACUGACAUGUGGAUGAUACGUGGACACAAACUCACUCUUGUGAUCAGAAGCAGAGAAUGAGCCGGGGAGAGAUUAACCAAGACAAACAAAAGAGAGGUGAAAAGGACUUACUUGGAACUGUUCUAUUAAAAUUUGGUUUCAUCCAAGACGCUGGUCAUCACAUUGGUAGUUACAAUGACAAAGUUUGCCAUGCGACAUUCCAUCUGCAUCCUCCUGGCUUGUGGUCUCAUCAUGGCGGUGAUGCUUCACUUGUCUGUCAAGGAGACACCGCUGGACAUACCUGUGAUCUACGUCAUCACCCCAACUCACACGAGACCAACGCAAAAGGCCGACCUGACCCAACUGGGCAACACCUUGCGCCAGGUCCCAAACCUUCACUGGAUCGUCGUAGAGGACGCCGACUUUAAGUCGCCCCUGGUGGCUAAGUUCUUAUUAAAUUUGCGGAUAUCGUACACUCAUCUGAAUGUCCCCAAACCUGAUUAUUGCAAGUCAGGAUGCGUGGCCAGAGGGAGCGAACAGAGAAACCUCGGCUUGGACUGGCUUCGGCGGAACAGGGGACCCCUUGACUCUGGUGUGGUGUACUUCGGAGAUGAUGACAACACAUACGACCUGGAGGUCUUCGAGGAGAUGCGUUACACAAAGCAUGUGUCGGUGUGGCCAGUGGGGCUGAUAGGCUCCCGUCGGUACGAGCGGCCGUUGGUGCGUGACGGGAGAGUAGUGAGCUGGUACACAAGAUACCCUGGAAGGAGAUUCUGUACAGACAUGGCAGGCUUUGCAGUUAAUCUGAACCUCAUCCUGGCCAAUCCCGAAGCUCGCUUCAAUUUGAAGGGGGCCAAGGCCGGAAUGCAGGAGUCCGACUUCCUGAGCAAAAUCACCAAGCUUGAGUAUCUCGAACCCAGAGCAAACAAUUGUACAAAGGUUUUGGUUUGGCACACAAGGACAGAGAAGGCAUCCCUCCACGAACAUGUCACAGAAAAUGUGGACAUUGAGGUGUAAAGGUGCUUCACCAAUUUGCGGCAUUUUUCAGCAAGAGCCAUUUGGAAUGGGGAGACUGAUCUACUGUGAUGUCUACAGAACACGAUGCUGUGAUGAUGAUGCUGUAUAAAGAACACCAUACAUUAUUAGUAAUGUAAUAAAACCAGGGAUGCCACCAAGGGGUGGCCAGGGGUGGCCACAGCCACAACAUAAACUCUGGCCAUGUGGCCGACGGACACAAAAUGUGUCCAAAUUCACACCCAUUAUUCUCUGUUGAAUUGCUCACAGACUACUUAUCACACAUAAAUUACACAGAUAUCAUGUGAAAGAGCAGAACCUGAUUUUCAAAUGAUAUUAGCUAGGUGUUGUGACAAACAGUUUGCAGUAUGCAUGGCGUUUAAUCAUAUUUCCAUUGUGCACACCUCGCUUUGUCCAUCUCCACCAGGGUUGUGCACAAUUUGAAUUGCAAUUCUGCUUCCUGUUUGCUACCACAAUUGAAAUGCAAGUGAAAUUCAAGAAUUGAAUUGGAAUUUAAGAGCCAGUUUUAAUUCAGUUCUGGAAUUUUGCCCAAGCCUGAUCUCCACACCCAUUUUUCACGAACACCUUGGUCAAAACAUAGCAAACCAUAUAUCGAAAUAAACAGCAGACCUCACCGAAUAUUCCUCUGUACAGUAAGCGGAUCCCGAUUAACCCUUUCGUGCCCGUGCCGAACAUUCCAUUUUUGGUGCUGGAUGACCUCCUUACACAAAAAAACUUA